UUCGAGUCCUUUAUCUACACAUAAUUCAUGCUGUUUCUGCAGUAGAGCCUUUUACCCUCUUUCCCACAUCUCGAACAACUGUGAUAGAUCAUACUGGUCGACAUUUCAGUUCCGUCUCCAGGAUCUAGCUUCUAACCCUAAUCUUAAUCUAAAAGUACGAACAUUUGGGCUUUAGCUUCAAUGGCCAAAAUGCGGAUGACCUGGGAUAGCCCUAAUGAUGCAAAGCUCCUGAGGGGAAUCCUCAAGUACGCCAAACUUGGAAAGAAAGGUUACCAAGAGUUGGCAGACCAUAUGGGUAAUGGAUGCACCGCGAUGGCUAUCCAGAAACGUAUUCAAAAACUCCAGGGAGCUGGCGCCAAAGAUGCUUCCGAGUCAUCUCCUCGAUUGACUCCAAAUCAGAGUGCAUUGACGGGCCGCACGACAAUCAAUGAAGCCUUCGAUGGAGCCGCUAGGUCAAGCACCCCGGAACCAAAGAAACGCAAGAUGGUGGUUCAAGACCAUAGCGAAGACGAAGACCAGACUUUUGACUCUCCAACGAAAAGAUUGAAGCUAGGAAAGAUGGGGCAAAUCAAGUUGGAGCCAACCAAUGAAACAGUAGAGCACUACGUGUAAUGUUAAGAGUGGCUGAUGGUUUCACUACAUCACUCUUUAAAACAGAUAUGUUUCUCGUUGGUUUAGAGACCAUGGUACAGUUGAUAGGGGCAGGUCAGUGGAUUGUAACUAGCUGCGAAUAAGGGUUUAUGUAACUUAUGCUUGAGCUAUCAGUUUGGAUUUCCAAUGUCAAAUCAAAUUUUGUUCCA